GUGUCAGAUGAAAACCAGCUCGUGCACAGGACGUCUACGCUGAAAUAACUUGAAACGCAGGCAGGUGGUUACAUGAAGGUUAAUGACGGAGCCGCAGACAACAUUUUAUUUCGUCCAGGGAUAUUUGUCGUAACCCAGACAAAGGAAUUGACAGAGUUGGAGCUCCCUUUUUUGGGCCAUACUUCAUUCUACAUGUUAUGAAAGGAGGGGCUUUAAACUAAAGGAGACCAAAGCAGGCGGCCCGGAAAUAACCCAAAUUGUCUCUUUGGAAUGAAUCUUUUCUUCUUAACUGGAUGAAAUGCCUUGAGCGUACCCCCGCCGUACCAUGGCAGCUUUAGUGUCUGUAGGUUUGGUGUUGAUGCUCAAGGCUCUUAUGCAUGCCUGUGGCCAGCCUGCAGUGUUUCUGGGGAUGACGGUGUUGGUAACAGUGAUCACAGCUGACUCACCUGUUGCAGAUGAGUCUCUGUCGGAAUCCACACACCACCCUAUGGGAUUUCUUGGACAUGGUCCAAGUUCAACAAGGAUCAAACCAUCAGCCUUACCAGCCUCACAUUAUACUGCCUUUGAGAGCCCAGACUCACUUGGUGCCCUGCUAUCCAAGUCAAACCAUGAAGUUAGGACUGCCGGCACCACGCAUGUUCAGUGGGACAGACCAGUUGCUUCUGAAAACACCAAAUCUUCAACAGCGAGUGACCAACAUGCAGAAGAACCACAUCCACUUUCAACUCCAUCUUUAAGCCUGUCUGAACCUGUUUUGGGGUCUAGUCCACAAUUUGAGCCACCAGCUAAACUCUCCACGGACUGGAAGGUGGCCAGGACGAAGUCUGCCAAGCAAUCUCCCUCUAUCACUCCAACUCCUACCAGAUCCCUGAUGCAGCCUCAGUCAAAUACAUCCACAGCAUCAUUAAGCCCAGCAAGGUCAGCAACACCUCAGUUAGGUCUUAAUUCUGAGCAAAAAGCAACUUUCAGCAAGCAGCAGGAUGAUGCAUCAAAGCAAACAUCUGCAAUCUUGGCUUCAUUUCCUGGUCAGCCUCUUGAACCCCCUAAACUGGCUUUUACAGACCCUAUGGCAGAUGAAUCGUAUAGUAAAGUCCUAGAUGUGAACCAGCUGAGCCCCAACAGUGCCCCCUUGGAGGAGAACAAACCAGCACGUGAUAUAAACAUGGUACCCAACCCAGAUGAGAUUCUGGCCCCUGGCUACAAUGUGCCUUUCAUUGCCCCUCACCUUCCAUCACCUUCAUAUGAACCCACUGAUGUGUCUCCAGAGGACUUCUACCCCACCAAUACCAUGGAGUUUGACUGGGGGUCUGGGGACUACUUGGAGACCAUGUCCUUCUUAAAUGCAGAAGGAGAGGACUAUUCUCUGGUCACCAAGGUGCCCUCUGAUUCAUAUGAUAUGGAGGACUAUACAGAAAGCUAUGACACAUCCUUCCCUUCCAGAGUAGGCGUGUCCCUUUCAUCCUUGCAGCCUCUUCAUGUCUCACCUUCUCUAAGCCUCACAACAGCAUACAGCACUAUUGUUCCAAUUAAAUCAAUUCAUCCUUCUUCUUCGUCUUCUACAAUUCACUACACACUGGACCCUACUCCCACAGCUAACAGUGAUAUACCCGACCCAUCAGACAUAGAUUGGCCCGACACUUUCACAAUCCAACCAACAGAUGUUCUCUUACCUGACAUGAACAGCUUGGAGUAUUACACCACUCAGUUGACCAAGGAGAACAACAGUUCAGACACCGGAGCUGAGCAAAGAGGGAAUGUUACCGUUGUAUCCAUCGGUUCUACAGACAUCACACCCACAAGCAGCCUCACCAAUGAUACCAAAUUGAUUGAGGAGGAGUCCUCCAGUGAUCUGUCAGGAUUUGAACCUCAAGACGAACCAACCCCAGAAGCAACCACGGAGGAGAGUCCUCAGUUGGUCAAUGCCUCUGAGCCUUUUCUGGAUCCUUCCAUAGUCCCAACACACUUUUUUGAUCCCUCUUCUUCUGUCUGGGGUGACCAAGUGUCCACCACUGUCUGGUCUACACAUACUCAUACUGUUGGCCUGGACAGCUCUGUAUUACCAGACACUAUGCUACCCAGUGCCACGCCUUUGCUGCCAGAUGAUGUAACGUCUUCCUCCUCUCUGACAGAUGUGCAUUGGUUUGUUACAGAGCCAUUCGCAUCAAGUACCAUACACACCACUCCUGUCUUAACUGCAACAAUAGCCUUCUCUCCUGUUCCCACUCAACCUGCUGCCAACACCACAGCUGGUACACCAGAAUUAACUCCCCAAGACUCGACUUUUACAACGGAACAAACUCUCAAUUUUACUUUAGUUUUAACUGAACCUACAUCUAAUGUCACUGUGGUCCCUCCAGCCGUGUUGGGUGAUCAGGGGGUCACUGAAGAUGGAGUUGACAUCCCAGCCACAAUGACCUUGAUCCCAACUAGCAGUGAAGCUAAUACAAUCUCUGGUACACCCAGAACUACAACUGCCAUCACUACUUCUCAUCAAGCCACAACUAGAACUACUGCCACCACUGAAGUCUCAACUGGUGUCAACAUCAUCACCACCAGCAGUGGAAAGACCACAACUACAGCACCAACAUCAAGACUGUACCUCUGCAAGCUUGACAGGCCUGCUUAUUUAGUAAAAAUUGGUUUUCCUUCUGGGGCGACUGUUGGAUAUGCCAAAUCUCAAGUGAGAGACAUACUGAAAGCUGAAUUCAACAAAUCUGUGGAAUUGCAGGUUGUGGACCCCCCGCCAAAGUUUGUGUUUCGGGUAGCGUCUGGUCCAGUUGUGUACACAGCCAUAUCCGUCAUCAAUGCUCUGCGAAGGUCUGGGCGCCGCUUCCUGUCUGUGUCUCCCAGCUGGUCAACACCAGACAGCAAAUAUCAAGUCCACACAGUGCUGCAGUUUGUUCCCUAUCACAUUGACGUGCGGUUCUGCAACUUCAGUGAGAGCAUUGAGAAAGGUUUGACCAUGGCCUUUGCAGAAGUACGCCGGCGCUCAAAGGAGUCAACCAACUUCACAGUGCAUAUUGUAAACAUCACCAUGGCUGCUCCUAAAUAUCAGGAACAACGGCUUGUAAGACAGCCCGUGGACAUCACCUUCACUGUGCAUGGUUCGAGGGGUUUUCUGAUGGGGUCAGAGGUCAGCAAUGCUCUGAUGAAGCUCACAAUGGUGGAGUUCAGCUAUUACAUGGCCUUUCCUGUACUGCAGAUUGCUGAGCCUUUCCAUUAUCCAGAGUUGAACACCAGCCAGCUGCUUCGCUCCUCUUGGGUUAGAACAGUGCUCCUGGGUGUGCUGGACAAGAAAGUGAGUGAGAGGACCUUCCAAGCCAACAUGGAGCGCCGGGUGGCCAUGCUACUCGGGGAAGCAACAGGAUUUAUCAGACGUGUUAAGAGAGCCACCCUCAUGGGCAACAGCAGUGUUCAGGUUGUAAGUGCGAGUCGGCUGGUAGGUGCAGACCAUCCCUUGGAGGUAGUUUAUUUUGUGGAGGGUCUCAAUGGUCAGAGGAUGCCUGCAGUUCAAACAGCUAACCUACUCAACAGUCUGGAUGUUCAAAGGGCUGCCAUCGUUUUGGGAUAUCGCGUCCAGGGCAUUUUGGCACAGCCUGUUGAGAAGGUGGCGUCCUCACCCUCUGACGCUGAGAACACCAACACCUGGAUCGUUAUUGGGGUCGUGAUUCCCCUCCUCGUGGUCAUCGUCAUCAUUUCCAUCCUGUACUGGAAGCUGUGUCGGACAGACAAGCUGGAGUUCCAGCCAGACGCCAUGACCUCCAUUCAGCAGAGACAGAAGUCUUCGACCUCAUUCAGAGAAUCAAGGCCCUCUCUUCACCAGACACUCUCUCCAACUAGAAAGGAUGUAGAGUUUAGUGAGGAGGAAGAGGAGGAGUAUGAGGACGAAGAAGAAGAUUACGAAGAAGAAGAGGAGGAGGAGAAGGAGAAGGAGAAGGAGGUUAAAAGAGGGAAGACACCAGUAUCUCUUCCCAAGAGCAAACCAACUAUGAGUAGUGAGGAGGAGGAAGAGGAGGAGGAAGAAGAGGAAGAAGAAGAAGAAGAAGAAGAAGAAGAGGAGGAAGAGGAGGAGGAAGAAGAAGACAAAGAUGAGGAAAAGAAGCAAUUGAAGAAGCAAGGAGUUAAACCAGUUGAGCAAAGAAAACAGGAGAGCAAAGCAAUGAUCACAAAAACACGAGAGAUGAAGAAAGAAGACAAAAUGAAAGUGUUCACUAAAGGGAGGAGAGCCAUGGACGAGUUGCAGGCUCCCAGUGUGAAGGGCUUUGACUUUGCCAAGCUGCACCUUGGCCAGCAGAGUAAGGAUGAUGUCAUGGUGAUCCAGGAGCCUAUCCCACCAGGGUCUGGCCCAGGGCCCCUCCCCCUGUCCCUUAAAGAUGGCCUCAGUCCAUCUGAGAACGGGGAGAUCCCCACACCCUUAUCCAAAACCUCCACCAAGGCGUCCUGCAGCGGGCGAAGGCGAGGAAGGAUCUCGCCAUCUGACGGUGACUCCGUGGUAAGUGACCACUCCAGCGAGCGGGAAUCAACCGAGGAGAACCUAAGAGCCCACGGCACGCCCAACGACGGCAAGCAGACCCGUAAGGUCCCCAUCAAUGUUUUAAAUGGCAAGAAUAGAAUUGGUCCUCCUCCUAUGAAUGGUACGACCGAGCAGCUGUCCUCAGCCUCCAUCUUUGAACACGUUGAUCGGAUGUCUCGUGCCACAGAUGCAAGCCGGAGACUCCCCAACAAAAUCCAGCUGAUCGCCAUGCAGCCGAUGCCUGUCCCACCGCUGCACAGCCCACCCAUCAAUGGCAAACUGUCUGACACCAACCAAAUCAACAAAGAGAUCCAGGUAGCACUGAGGCACAAGUCAGAGAUUGAGCACCAUCGUAACAAGAUACGUCUGCGCGCCAAGAGGAAGGGCCACUACGACUUCCCCGUCAUGGAUGACAUGACGAGUGGCCUCGGAGAUGCCAAGGACCAGGAUCGCAUCUAUCAGAAAGCACAGAUACAGAUUGAUAAGAUCCUGGACCCAGAUGCCCAGAUGCCCUCCAUCUUCAUGGAAUCCAAAAAAAGUGGUCGAGGGAGGCGCUCUCCCAAACAGAGGAUGAAGGAGCAGCUGAAUGGAGGCAUGAUGGAGGCAGACAAAGACCACCUCAUCACUGAUGACAGCGAUGCUGCUUACAGAAAGUGUCCUGGAGUCAAUAAUGUGGCCUAUGUAUCGGACCCCGACCAAGGCCCAGGAUCCCCUCACAGGAGCCCCUCCCCCACUGAUGAUGUCUUCCUGGGUCCCGCUUCCUCUCCUCCAGGCCACGCCCCUCCCCCACCCCCCUACAUGCCUCCACAGCCUUCCAUCGAGGAGGCGCGGCAGCAGAUGCACUCCCUGCUGGACGAUGCCUUCGCCCUCGUGUCGCCCACGUCUCAGGGCAGCACAGCAGGGAUCACCCUCCCCGGAGUCAACAGCAACCCCCCUGUCUCCAGCCCUCCAGGCCGGGGCCCCAGAGCUUGGGGUCCCUCCUACCAAGCUCUUGGCCCUUUUUCUAGUAGGUUCACUGAGUUGAGCCCGUCCCCACCUCCUGUCCAAGGCCUAAUUCCAAGGCAGGGCCUUGGCUCAAGCUACCUGCCACCAGGAGAAACAGCAGGGCAAUGUGAGCAGCUCCAGCCAGACAGCCUGUACUCCAGCAGGGGCCUGUACGCUGAUGAGCUGCCCUCAUCUGCCAGACCACGACCAGUAGGGGGAACUACAGGCGCCCAGCUCCAUCAUCUUACACAGGUGGGAUUGUCCAGUCGGAUGAAUGGUUACCCAGCAGGCAUCAGGGCUGCCCCGGGGCAGAACGGAGGUCUCGGCUGGAACCACUACCAUGGUGACAAUUUCUCUAGGGCAGAAACUGAAAAAGACACAUUCCUGGACUGUCCUGAUUACACAUCCUCCUCUAUCUUCCAGACGCCCAGAAGUGGUAUAAGGGAGCCUUCUGCACCUCCCGUCCACCUCGACAUCUCCGGGGUGGGCUAUCUGUCAGCCCCACCUCCCCUGGAUACAUCUCCUCCUACCCACUCCUCCGCCUCCCUGAUCAAGGCCAUCAGGGAGGAGCUGCUGCGUCUCUCCCAGAAACAGGCAGCUGUGCCCAGCUACCACAGCUGAAGGCCCGGGCCUCCAUUCUGUUGCUCUAACCAGUCAUGCCACUGACCCUGCCUGCCUGCUUCGCCUAAUCUGACAAUACUUCCCAUGGAAGUCCCCGAGGGUGUACAGCAGAGAGAUAGCCCUGCUAAACUGACGUGAAGAGGUGGCUAAUAGAGAUUUCUUACUUAAGAAUAACGAAUAACUGAAUAACAGGAUGUUUGAUUACAGCUCCGAGACUAUUCAGACUCCAAUCAACUGCAGUAUGUCCAGUCGGAGAGAGUGUUAUGAAAAGAAAAACAAUGUAAACAGUAUAUGCUGGACCUUUAAAAAUACAUGACAUGGUCCAUUGUGGAUCGGGGAACAAUCAAAACAAGUCCUGGCCCACUGUGGAUCCACAUCCUGAAAAAUUUGAGAUUUUGCUGCAUUUCUUCAGACUCAGUUUUCUGUGUCAUGGUUUCAUUCUCAUGUUGCCUUCACUAAACAGGAAUAUCCCCGAAGACACAUUUCAUUUUAACCAAAUUCCUUUUUUUUUUCUCCAUUACUUAAACUACCAUACAGGUAUUUGUUGUUUUUCCCUUAACCUUUUUAUCACCAUCAGGUGCUACUUCAUGUUUUCUGCCAUGAUGAGCCAUGCUAUGCCUUGACACUGUGAUGCAGUUCACCUGACCCAAUCUACUGUACGAGCUUACAGUAAGGUCAAAGUUCACAGACAGUAGGCACCAAGGGGAAUCCAUAGAGACUAAUAACAAUCAUUUAUACUAAUUAGUAUUUCCGUACUUACUGCAGUAGCACAGUUAGUCUGAGUUGAUAUUUUUGACUUACAGUACAUACUUGUGUUUUGUGGAUAACUUGCAUUCAUGUCCUUUUUUAUUUAUUUUUAGUAGUUAACAGAAGGAUAGACAAACGUAAAAUAAAAAAAAUGGCCUUGAAAUUACAUUAAUUUUAAAAAAUGAGCCCAGAGGCAGGUGUUGGAGAUACAGGAACUCAUGUGUUGCAAAUAAUGAAGACUUUCCGUAUGUACUUGACAAUUAGGGUGUAUUUUUAUUUGGUUGUAGUUUGAUGCACUGUAUGCAGACUACUUGGUACAGCUCAGGACAUUCAAAAAGAGAUUCCUUGCGGACAAAUCAGUUAUAAAACAGUUUAAUAAGUCCUGUGGAAGAACUGUUAAUGAGAGGGAAGUCACAGAGACCAGUAUUCUGUUUUAACAUGAACCUGUAUUUACUGUUUUAUGCAGUAUUCAUCGUUUGCUUUGCCUUUUUGUUAGCACAGGAAGGAAAAAAGGUACUGUAUUUGUUGUCAUUUAUGGUUUACUUCAACCAGUCAUGUUUAUGUGCUUUUUUACAUUUCUUUGGAUUUACCUUGCCUCAUGUAAUUUUGUUCACCUUAAAUGUCUCUUAAGUCAUCCUGCUGGUUGGAAAAUCAUUCUAGG